AUGUUGGGUGACUCGACCGAACGAACACAGGAGGAUAUCCAACUGUUACGAAACAUGGGUAUUCCUGACUGGCUUUUGCUGCCAACCGUCAUUUCUCCAAGCGAAAAGUGUGAGCUGGAAGCGCUCCCAGGGCUUUCAGAUCGUCUUGUGCAAAGAUGUCGGGAUUUAGGGUUCUCCAAUUUCUUUGCAGUGCAACUCGCAGUAAUUCCGGUAUUUUUGAGACGACAAGCAUUAUACGAUACUCGAAGACCGCCAGGCGAUUUGUGUGUUUCUGCACCUACUGGUAGUGGAAAGACAAUGGCAUAUGUACUGCCUAUCAUUGAUAUUCUUUCCAAACGCGUCGUAACACGAUUACGGGCACUUGUCGUCUUGCCUACGCGUGAAUUGGCAAUUCAGGUGAAAGAGACCUUUGAGGCUUUUGUCAAGGGAACAAAUCUUCGUGUCGGCGCUGCUGUAGGUCAACAGAGCAUGGCGCGUGAACAGCAAAUGUUGGUUGGAAAAACCACAGAUGAUUAUCCAGGUGGCCAAAGCCGAAUUGAUAUAUUAAUUGCCACGCCAGGCCGUCUCACAGAUCAUAUUAAGGAAACGCGCAAUUUCAGCCUACAACACUUGCGUUUCUUGGUCAUUGACGAAGCUGAUCAGCUGCUGAAUCAGAGCUACAAUGACUGGCUAAAUCAAAUCUUGGCCGCCACACGACCAGUCGCCGACAAAUGUGAUAUCCCAUUCAGUUUUAAGACGGAUAAAAAUGGUGUACCAGAACCAGACGCUAUUGCGCCUAACUUUUUGAGAUCGAGCUUCGAGUUGCCACAAACCGAUGUGGAUUUGGCCAAAGUGCCUACGGUACAAAAACUGUUGUUUUCUGCAACGCUGACAAAGAAUCCAGCCAAGAUCGCCGGCCUUCAUUUGACAGAGCCCGAAUACAUUUCCGUCCAGCGAUCAACAGAUACCGAGCAAGCACCCGACUACACGACGCCUGAAGGCCUGAAGCAAUUCAUGACCGUGUGCUCCAGCGAUCUCAAGCCACUCACUUUGAUUUAUCUCCUACAUCACUUCAAUAUUCGCUCAUGUUUAUGCUUUACCCGGUCCACGGACUCUACACGACGAUUGCAAAUGCUAGUAGAAGCUUAUGAGGCUCGACAAAAAGAUCAUGACAAGAUUGUCGUUGCAGAUUACUCUAGUGAACUGGCAAAGGCAGAUAGAAAGGCGUUACUCAAAAAGUUUGCAGACGGUGAAAUCAAUCUAUUGAUUUGCUCUGAUCUCAUCGGACGUGGUAUUGAUUUGGACAAUGUUGCUGUUGUCAUCAACUACGAUGUUCCCUAUUUCAUGGACAAGUAUAUCCAUCGUGUGGGUCGUACUGCUCGUGCUGGUCGCGAAGGAGAAGCAUAUUCCCUCGUAGAGAAACAAGAAGCAAGGCCAUUCAAAGACAUGUUGCGGCAAGCUGGCCAUUUGCAACAAAUUAAACCUCUGCGAAUUGAUCACAAAAAGCUAGAACCUUUCGAAGAAAACUAUAAUGAAGCUCUAUCGAGCCUUGGAUAA